CAUCUGUGCGCGCUGUAACUAGUCCUACUUGCGCCUCUUUAUAAAGACCCGCAUGGAUAUUGUAGAGCGGUAGACCUUGGGUAACCACAGAAACAAGGGUUCUGCCAAGUGAACACCUGACAGCUGUUUACACAGGGGGCAUGCAGUGUGACAGGAAUGCAUGGUCUGUGAUCGCCACAGAAUGUCAGCGCGCAAGUAUUGGUGUGACAGUUGAGUUUCCUCCACGCACCCCGAAGGACACUGACGCACGUUGGUAGGACUUUGGUUUUCACAAGGGCGGUAGGAGGAAGGCUCGUAUAACGGUUCGGCUGUUCCGUCUGCAUGCAGACUGUCUACAACACGGGCGCUCGUGCACGAACGCGCACACGCACUCUACACACAUCUCGAUCUCCAACUGCACACAGCACUGCAACACGGGGGGCACUGCUCAGAGCGCUGAACAGGCUGCGUGCGCUCCUCUCUCUCCUCCGCGCGCCACAGUCCUCUUGUUGAGAAGAGAUUUCGCAAUCGUUCAGACCACCGGGAUUCGGUGCCAAGACACUCUAGAUACGUUGCUGUUAUUCACUCGAAACUAUCUGGAAAUGAUUUGCUGAAUUGUAAAUAAAACCCAACAUGCACUUAACUAAAGCGUAAAAGUAUAUUAUUAUUUGGUGAAGAUAGCAACGAAGACAGUCGGAAGACUGCGUCAGCUGGGGUGCGUAAUCAGCGAACAGGUGGAAUAUUAGCAAGGAAGAGGACAGCGGUAUUGGUCAAAAUGACGCCACCAUUUGGAUUCUCGACGCUUCCCAAACAGACAAGUUUGACUUCCCGGGCUACUCUUUCUUGAAAUGACAUAUUGCCUUAAUGGAACGAAUAUGACAAUCAAGUUUUCGAUUUGAAGGUGAGAUGUGAUUCUUCUCAAGGCCUCGUCUCUCAAACUAUUAACUCACCAGCCCAGCCCAGCCUCCCACCUGUCUCCCACCAACCCCCUCCCCCCCCCGUCCUCCCCUCACUCAACCCCACCUCCCUCUCCUCCCCCUCCUCCAUCGACCCACCAUGGACCCCUGGUCGCUCCUCCCGUCUCCGCCCAACCUCUCCCUCCCCGAGCCCCUCCUCUACGACAGCUUCUUCCCGGGGAACGAGUCAGACCUGGGCCAGGAUGGCAACCGCUCGGCGGAGGACGGCGAGGCGAUCUACGACAAGACCAGCUCGGUGGUCAUCACCUUCAUCUACUUUGCCGUGUGCGCCGUGGGGCUGUGCGGCAACACGCUGGUGAUCUACGUCAUCCUGCGCUACGCCAAGAUGAAGACCGUCACCAACAUCUACAUCCUGAACCUGGCCGUGGCCGACGUGCUGUGCAUGCUCAGUCUGCCCUUCAUCGCCAUGCAGCUGGCCCUGGUGCACUGGCCCUUUGGGGUCGUGCUCUGCCGGGUCGUCAUGACGCUGGACUCCCUGAACCAGUUCACCAGCAUCUUUUGCUUGACGGUGAUGAGCAUUGACCGAUACCUGGCAGUGGUUCAUCCCAUAAGAUCCACCAAGUGGCGCAAGCCCCGGGUGGCCAAGGUCAUUAACCUCACCGUGUGGGGCGUGUCCCUGCUGGUCAACCUGCCAAUCAUGAUCUUCAGCGGGCUGACAACCAAUAAGAAGCAGGCUCACUCGUGCACCAUCGUGUGGCCGGAGCCCCAGGCAGCGUACUACACGGCCUUCAUGUUCUACACCUUCUUUGUCGGCUUCUUCCUCCCGCUCACCGUCAUCUGCCUCUGCUACCUGCUCAUCAUCGUCAAGGUCAAGUCGUCCGGCAUGCGCGUGGGCUCAUCCAAGAGGAAGCGCUCCGAGAGGAAGGUGACCAGGAUGGUGUCCAUCGUGGUGGCCGUGUUUGUCUUUUGCUGGCUGCCCUUCUACGUGUUCAACGUGACCUCGGUAACGGGCACCAUCAACACCACGGCCGCCCUCAAGAGCACCUUCGAGUUUGUGGUGGUGCUGGGCUACGCCAACUCCUGCGCCAACCCCAUCCUCUACGCGUUCCUCUCCGACAACUUCAAGAAGAGUUUCCAGAACGUUCUGUGUCUUAAGAAGGUGGCCGGUCUGGACGAGAUGGAACGCAGCGACAGCAGGGCCGACAGGACGCGCAUGGUCAACGACGUCACCGCGGAGACGCACAACGCGCUCCUGAACGAGGCCGUUGCCAGGGAGACGAUGCAGCAGCUGAACAACGCGCUGCACAACGGGGAACUGCAGACCAGCAUCUGAGGAGGACCAGAGUCAGGGGGCCCUGGGGACUGGGGCUCUAUGGGGGCUGAGGGCCCUG